AUCACUGAGGAGGAAAUGAGGAAACUUUUUGAGAAAUACGGGAAGGCAGGCGAAGUUUUCAUUUAUAAGGAUAAAGGCUUUGGUUUUAUCCGCUUGGAAACACGAACCCUGGCGGAAAUUGCCAAAGUAGAGCUGGACAAUAUGCCACUCCGUGGAAAACAGCUGCGUGUGCGCUUUGCCUGUCAUAGUGCAUCCCUUACGGUUCGAAACCUUCCUCAGUACGUGUCUAACGAACUGCUGGAAGAAGCUUUUUCUGUGUUUGGUCAGGUGGAGAGGGCCGUAGUCAUUGUGGAUGAUCGAGGAAGACCCUCAGGAAAAGGCAUUGUUGAGUUCUCAGGGAAGCCAGCUGCUCGGAAAGCUCUGGACAGAUGCAGUGAAGGUUCUUUCCUGCUAACCACAUUUCCUCGGCCUGUGACUGUGGAGCCAAUGGACCAGUUAGAUGAUGAAGAAGGGCUUCCAGAGAAGCUGGUUAUAAAGAACCAGCAAUUUCACAAGGAGCGAGAGCAGCCACCCAGAUUUGCACAGCCUGGUUCCUUUGAGUAUGAGUAUGCUAUGCAUUGGAAGGCACUCAUUGAGAUGGAGAAACAGCAGCAGGACCAGGUGGACCGCAACAUCAAGGAGACUCGUGAGAAGCUGGAAAUGGAGAUGGAGGCUGCUCGUCAUGAGCACCAAGUCAUGCUAAUGAGAAGUGGCAUUUCUAAACCACUCCUCACCCUAUCCCGCCCCCCCCAGUAG